UUAACGGCGCCUCUCGCGUGGACUCUAAAUCCCAAACCCAUUAAAAAAAAUGAAAAGGGGUAAGAGGCGGGUGUCGUGAAACCCUACGGGAGAUGCGCCUCUUCGAUUCAUCGAUUUCGUCUCUCUCUCUCUCUCUUCCCACCCAAAAUCUCUUCUUCUCAGACGAAAUUCACCGGAAAUCAAGUUCUACAGAGAGAGAUCUUCUUCUUCUUCGCCUCUGUGGCCGUGUUUGCGCAGCCGGCGAAGCAAAGCUACCAUCAGACCACAUCGAUGGAGGUGAGCCAAAUAGCUGAGAAAAAAAACAGAGGUUAGAGCUUUUCUGUUUUGGUGUAUCUCUGAGUUGAAGAAGAGAAGAUUCUCAAGUGUGUUAUCGUAAAUCAUAGAUGGAGCCACAGCAGGAUUCAUCAUACAGAAGAAGAUUCAGGUUGCGGCGAGUGUUCUACUGGAUCACAGACGGAGCGGCAGGAAGAUUCAUUGAACUCCAAAACAUCUGGGGAACAAGUCAGACACAUCCACAAAUGGCUUCAAGAAAACCGAUUGUUUGUGGCCUCUCAGCAAGAGGAAUCAUGCCACCUCUCCAACCAGAAGUUACCGAUGAGGAUGUUGCGGAUAACACACCAACUGAAGUAGAAGUGGUGGAGAUAUCAGAUGAAGAAGAAGACAAUAUGGUGGAGUUAUCAUGCGAAGGAUACAGGAGGAAUAUGGGCUAUUUGAUUAGGGUAGAGGAAUCAGAAGGUGACACUGAACCUGAGUUCAGAAGGAUGUUGUAAAGGAUGCAUGAAGAAGAGAAGAAGCUGAGACAGGGUAUCAAGGUAGAAGAAGGACAAUCCUCUAAGAAGAAGAGAAGAAGCUGAGAGUCACGGGUUUGUGUGUUGUCAUCAAACUGUUGUCCAUUUGUGUAGUCAUGAGACUACUUUUGUAUUGGAGUCUGUCAUGAGUCACGAGACUCUUGUUUGUGUCUGUCAUGUUGUGUCUGAAUAGAGUCACGAGACUCAUGUUUAUUUGUGUCUGGGUGUGUAGUCAUGAGACUACUCUUGUCUGUUUCUGUAUUCACGAGACUUGGUUGUAUUGUUAGUACUAUUUUUAUAAAUUUAGGUGAAGCUCUCAUUCUACAACAUACAACGCUUUUUCUAUGCUUCUCUCAUUAGAGAAACUCAACGCUUUUCAUCACACCACAACGCUUCUUCAUCAGACCACAACGCUUCUCCUCUUAUUCUAAAACACAACACUUCUCUCAUUCUAAAACACAAAGCUUUUUCUUAUCUUCUUUUACUCGAUAUGGGAUCUUCUUCUCAAAAUCCUUUUGAGGGAUUGGAUAGUCAAUAUGUUGAAGAAACAUUUGAUCAAUAUUUUGAUCAAAAUGUUGAUGAUCAAUAUGUUGAAGAAACCUUUGAUCAACAUUUUGAUCAAUAUGUUGAAGAAACAUUUGACCAGUCCUUUGAGAAUUUUACCAUUAAUCAAGAAAAAGAAAAGAAAAAAAGAAAAAAACGAGUUUACAUCGAAAGAAAUCGUGAAGAAGGCGAUCAACGUUUAUGGAAUGACUAUUUCAGUGAAACUCCAACAUAUCCUCAUAGUCUAUUCCGACGACGUUUUAGGAUGAACAAGUCUUUGUUCGUGCAUAUUGUUGAUCGACUCUCCAAUGAAGUUGAAUUCUUUCGACAAAAGAAAGAUUAUCGGGGAAGGCUUAGUCUCUCUCCUCUUCAGAAGUGUACGGCAGCGAUUCGUUGCUUGGCAUAUGGUACUGCGGCUGAUACGGUUGACGAAUACCUCCGACUCGGUUCAACUUCAACUCGGUCAUGUUUGGAAAAUUUUGUGGAUGGAAUAAUAUAUUUAUUCAGCGAGGAGUACCUAAGAAGAUCUACACCGGCUGAUCUUCAACGUCUACUUGAUAUUGGUGAAUAUCGUGGAUUUCCCGGGAUGAUAGGAAGCAUCGAUUGUAUGCAU